AUGGUUCAACCGUCCAGGAUAGACUGCAUUAAAACCAAAGUAUUGGGUAUUGGUGAACAGCCACUAAAGACGCCUGUUAAAGACCACAAGAAUUCUGCUGCAUAUAAGAGCUCAUACGAGAUUGAACUAGAGCAAAGAUCUGGUCCAUGUAUGCCUACUGGAAAAGGUAUCGGAUGCUUGAUUACGAAUGAACCAAACGCUCCAGAAAAGGUAGGGUCAAUAUCAAAUGAAGAAAUGGCUGGUCAACUUAUAGAUCACUCAAGGCAACGGUUGGAGAAGACCCUCGGCCAGACAGACCAGACGAUUGAGGAAAGCCGUCGUUGUGAUAAAGGAGAUGUAAAGAACGCGACGUUGUUUGAGAGCGGCGACCAAAAUAAAGAUGGCGAGAAUCAGACUUCAGAUGACGGUCACCAAACGAAGGAUAAUCCUGCAUUGCGGAGACGACAUCGUGACAGUCCGACUGAUGCGAUUGAUGAAAAUGGCGCCAAGCAAACGACGGAGCCGUCACGCAGCACUAUCGGUCGUGUCAUCAUGAUAGACGGCAUCAAGUUUGUAGCUGUAACUUGUCUCCAACCGCCCAAAGGGCAUUGCAGAACUUGCAACGGGUUUGGUUCAUUGCUCUACUUCUCUGCUCGAUCCUGCUACACCCUGGAAGCAGCUGAAAAAUUCUGCUCCGUGCAGUGCGCCAGGACGUUCAUCAACGAGACACGGUCCCGUCUGACACCUUCUCGCCAACCGUCUGGGGAUGUGGGUAGCAACGUGUCUGUUCCGAGAUCAGAUGUCCGAAAAAACCAACGAGGUCAUAAAGAUGCUGGUGACGUUAUAGAAGCAAGAAAUGCAAAGGGGAGAAACAUCAUCAAAUCUAAACGUGUAUCCCGCAAUGUCGAGACGCUCAAAAACAUUUACGUUGAUAGUUUGGUCACCAGCACGAUUGACAGGUCAAGAAAUCACAGGAAAGAGGCACAUAAACGUGACCCCAAGAGAGGGGGCACAGAUGGAAGUCUGACUCCACCUCUUCCUGGACAGCUCGCCAAGACUGAUCGUAAGAUUAUAUCGAGAUCAGAAACGUCAGUUGUGGAAAGAACUGUAAAAAUUGAUGACAGAGAACUUAUGUCGACGACUUCUGACACGAAAAUGUUGAACCCGGUAUGUCAACGAGAAGAGAUGAAAAGCGCUCCGAAGGAAAGGUUCAAAGGACCGAAGAAGAUUCUUCAAGAAACCCGGUUGAGUGAACGAGGAGAGUCUUCUACGUCUCCAAAAAUCGAUGGGAAGAAAAAAGAGAGAGAGGAUUUUGUAAAAGGACAGAGGAAAAAACUCAGCUUUACGCCGAUAUCGUCAUCGGUUUGGAAACGAAAUGAUCUUAGCAGUAUGGUCCGUACGAUUGGAAGUAAUGGGAGACAGGGUGAAAAAUCUCAAAGUAUACCAUCUUCAAGAGGGAAGUCAGCCAUCGAAAGUUGCAAAUUGCAGCAAGGUCACUUACAUAGAGGACCGACUAAAAUGUCAGACGAAAAAGAAUCAAGAGCUACAUCUCAUGACUCAAACAAACCUCUUCGUAACUUGACAAAGGGCAGCCUGUCCAGGUCGAAGACGAAACUGUGGAAGAAGUACGGCAGAAAGUUUCAAUCACGUUCUUGCGAAUUCCAUCAGCUGGAUACGACGAAGGUAUCUCGAGAAUGCGACACACCUGAGCCGACUUCACAGGGACUAGUGAGGGCGAACACAAAGGGCGACGCCAAGCGAAGCGUCGAUACCGCACUGAGUCUGAACCAGUUUCACGAACGCAGAAGAUCACUCUUCAAGACCGUGUUCCCCUUUCAAGAUACCCUCGUGUCCAGAGCUGCUCCAGGUCUUAAAAAAUCUGUCGAAGAUUGCGGUGACGUGUCCACGCCAGCCAUUCACACACCAACGCCAGGAUCACCCAGCACGAAGUCCUGCGUUUCCAAAAUGGGAAGUACAGUAAAGACCAGGCGUGGUCAGUCCGGUUGCAAGACGUCACAGAGGGGUCUGUGCAUUGACAAACAAAACGUUGAUAGACCAAACUCCAAGUGGGCUAAUCUAUUUCAAUUCAUGAUUGAAGCAGCGGACCUGGAAGAAUUGGAGAGAAAGAAAGAAUCAAACGACAGUGAUAAGUACAGUGUGGCUAAAAAUGCCGUCAAAGAUCGGACAGAGACCCCAAGCAUGGCACGUCGUGAAUCGAGACUGUCGCGUGAUACAACGUCAGAGGAAGUGCGAACAUUGGACAAUCAAAACAGUAAGGAGAAAAGGAAGAAGAAGAAAAAGAAGAAAAAGAAGAAGAAAAGGAAGAUCAAGAAGGAGAAAAGUUUACGCCAAAACAAUGCUCUAGAAUUCGGGAUGACCCUAGAUUUUGACAAGAAGCGACCUGAAACCCCAACGAGUGGCAGGCGGAAAGGAAAGGAUAACAACCGAAAGAGCAAACAUGAAUCGGAUAGCCCUGGUUCCCCUGGAAGCAAAGAAGACCCUGACGCUUGGCCAAAGUGGAAAGGAGACGGUAAGAAAAGGAUGAACGUGAUGAGCAGCAUUGAUCUUCUCAUUUGGACCAUGAAAAACAGGUUCCAACCCAACAUUGGAGGGUCUUCCAGUUCUCGAGUAAAUGGCAACCUUUCUACGAAGUUUGAUUCGUCAUAA